UUUAUCGGCCAGCUUUGGCGCCAAGUGUAUGGGCGCCUCAAUCGGCUGGUCCGAAAUUUGUAAUUUCGAGUUCUUUAAGAGAUUUACUAACUAAUUUCAGCUGUAAAUAAAGAAGCAUUAGUGUACAGCUUAUAAUUCUUUAACAUUGACAUGGCGUUUUCGCACAAAAUGUUCUUUGGACGCCAGUGACAGCUCUGCCAGUUCAAUAUUUCAAUUUUUGCAGCGCGUCUCGCCCAAUUUUCCGCAAUUAAAUUCCACCAGCAAAGCUAUCAACAAGUAUGCUGUCAGGCCACAAACCUUCUAUAUUGUACUUUUAGAAAAGUAAUAUUUGUUAAAGUGAGCGUGUGAGUGCUGGGAUUCGAAUCUACGGAAGUCCUUUUCGUUUGUGCUGUGCUGUUGUUGUUUUGUUGCUUUGGCUACUGCUGUCGCCCUGUAUACGCCCUUGCGUAUAACAAUGGACAUGGAAUACGCCAACAUCAAUGAAUUUAAUGACCGCGACCUAGCGACACGCAUGCGCAACAGCAAUUAUGAAAAUUACAAGUCUCUGGUGCGCAUGCACCUCUCCUUCGAGCUGGAACUAAACACCGACGAGUUCGACAUGCCGUGCCAUGAAAUCGUCUACGAAGAUAAGGGCAAGAUAAAGAAGUGGAAUCGCCUCUCCAAGAAGAAUCGCGGACCUGCCACAGGCUGCACGGCUGGGGCAGGCAGUAAGUCGGCGGGCAGUCCCACUGAAACGCUGCAGCAACAAAUUGAUGCAGGCUUUCUGAUGCACCUGGAGGAGCUCAAAGAGUUUCUUAUGCUGGAGAAGAAUCUCACCCAGGAGGGACUAUUUCGCAAGACAGGAGCCGUUUCCAGGCAGAACGAGCUACGAAUGCACAUACAGCACGACCAGCCCUUGGAUUUGGAACUGACAGGAUUCUCGGCUCACGACUGUGCCACUGUUUUUAAGAGCUUUCUGGCCGAGCUGGCAGAGCCUUUGCUUACAGACGCCCACUAUCCAGCACAUCUUCAGAUAGCGCCGCUUAGCCAGGCAUUAAUGGGGGGUCAGGUGGCGGCUACCGCAGAGCGCCAACAACAUCUUCUCAACUCGGUGCAGCUGCUCCUUCUCCUGCUCCCCGAAGAGCAUCGCGAGUUACUGCAGCACAUUAUUAAAAUGCUCCAUUCGGUGGCAGCGCGUGAGGAGAGCAACAAGAUGUCCGCGGAGAAUUUGGCCAUCUUGUUUACACCGCACCUGAUUUGCCCCAGGCAAAUGCCGCCUGAGGCGCUCCACUAUACGGCGAAGAAGAUGUCCAGCAUUGUGUCCUACAUGUGUCCUAGCCACCGAUAUUCGGGCGUACUUUCUUGAGCGCAAACGCAAAAAAACCAUGUCACCGGAGCAAACCCUUGAAGAAUCCAUCUCGGACGACUCGACGGUCAACACGGUGUACACUUUUGUAGAUCGUGCCGCCACGGCAGCGGCAAACAACAGCAAUUACACGGACACUGCACUGGCGCAGCUGUACGCGCACAUUCAGAGCCUUCCGGAGUCCUCCAAGAAGCGUCGCCUCAUCAAGCAGUUUAACAAGCAAAACGGACAAGGUAGCACAUUGUCUCCACUCCGUUGCGUUCCUUUGGGACACAGCUCAUUGAUUCCACUCGCUCCACCAUGUCACCGGAGCAAACCCUUGAAGAAUCCAUCUCGGACGACCCGACGGUCAACACGGUGUACACUUUUGUAGAUCGUGCCGCCACGGCAGCGGGAAACAACAGCAAUUACACGGACACUGCACUGGCGCAGCUGUACGCGCACAUUCAGAGCCUUCCGGAGUCCUCCAAGAAGCGUCGCCUCAUCAAGCAGUUUAACAAGCAAAACGGACAAGGCACACCGCUGCAGGUCAUCGCGAGGAGCUCCAGCGUGCCAUCAGGGAGCAUCACGAGAAGCAUGAUGCCAAAAUGAUGCGCGCCAUGGAGGAGGCAGAGCGUAAGAAGUAGAAAUCCAUAUGGAUCACUGCACCCAGCCGUUUCGUUAUAUAACACCAUUUCGAUCAUCCUGCAGCUAUGCCAUAAAAGCGGCUAAACUGAAACUGUAAACACUUAUGUAUGCGACGUAAUAAAGACUUGAAUGUACCCAAAGCACU